GGAGGGAGGGAGGCAGGCAAGGCAAGGCAGACAGAAACUCGGGGCGCUCCUCUAGACAACGGGGAGCGCUGCUCUUGGUUGCCGAAGAGAAGCGUCUCCAGUUCGAAGCAUCCCCCUUCGUCUCUAGUUCGCAGUUUAAUGUGUCAGAGCGGCGUUUGAUUGCCGUCGCCACCUGGACAUUAUUUAUAACCGACGCAAAAAUUGGAUGGGACGCACCGCCGAGCCGAGCAGAGACACUCCCGGAAAUAACAUGCGUACUCUCAGCCCGUCACGUAGGCUCACUGAGGAUUUGCGUUGCUGUGCGGCUGCCGUAGAUGUCCCACGCUGUCUAAAUAUGUUUAAAAGGAGCACAGAAACAAACACAGAGCUCUAGAGUGACUGGUGAAAUCAGAGCAGACGAAGGAUUGGGGACAUGAUACUUGCAGCGAUCCUCUCCGUAAGAGGAAGCAGCGGCUCAGUUGGAAAAUGAAGCAAGGACGUGAGGUACGUGUGCACCCAGCAGACGACCAGAUCAAAUGGAGAGUCUGGGGCUGACGGAGCUCUUGAAGUCAAACUCUACCCUUGGAUCCAUCGUCUUUUCAGAGUUGCAGGACAGAAGAAGCCAGCAGACAGAGAUCCACAGCUCAUACCGGGCAGACAUGGGUCUAAACGGUUUCUGCGCAGGGCCCGCCGGGACUCAGACGGCUGCCGAGCUGCUCGCUGACAUGGCCUCGCAGACAAACUCCCCAGGGAUCACCAGCCCAACGAAGCAGUCCAAAAGUGGUGUGCCGCUUUACAACGGUGGGGUUGGGUCUCCGUCGGCCACCGUGGAGGCCAGCCAGGCAGAGGUUUUGGCCCACACGCCGCCCGGCUACCCGGCACAGGUGAACGGGAUGGCCGCUAAGACGAGUGGCACUGUCUGUCCGUUCAACGGCAGGGGCCUUACGGCGGAGAAUGCGGACAGGACUGGUCACGAGAAAUGUUCUUUAGGAAUGAGGCGAAUCAGCGAGGACCUCAAAGUAAGGCAGGCGCAUCAGUUGAAGAGGAAGAAUGGGGAGAGCUGGGACAUGGGACCAGAAAUCCUUAAUGGUCAUGUGAUGGGCUCUCCGGGGUUAGGAGGCUCAGCAGACCCAGCUUGUGGAGCAGGGGAGUUAGAUUUUAAGCGGAGGAAAUUGCCAGAUGGAAGUAUUGUUAGCAAGCCAUCAGAGCCCCGUAGAGUGACCCGACCGGUCGCCCCAGUAAGAGUCACUGUCAACAGCAACAGCGCCGGCUCUUAUACCCAGCCAAGCUAUGCCCCUGAUAAUGCUAACCUGCACAACGGACAUUGCGCUGCACCGUCAGACCCUCUGGCUAUACCAAGCCUCCCCUCCAUUCCAGCCAUGCUGCCUCCUGCGGGGACUGGAUGGUCAUCAGAGCGUGUCGCCAGGCAAUAUAUCAUCCCCUGCAUGAAGUACUAUGGUAUUUGUGUGAAGGACAACUUCCUUGGCAGGCAGCUGGGCGACAAGGUCCUGGAGGAGGUGGAGGUCCUGAACCAGAGCGGGAAGUUCCGGGGCGGACAGCUGGUGAGCCAGAAGAGCAUUCCCUCCCGCAGCAUCCGGGGUGACCAGAUUGCCUGGGUGGAGGGGCAGGAGCCCGGGUGCCACAGCAUUGGAACCCUGAUGGCUCACAUCGACGAGGCCGUCAUGUACAGUGCUGCCAACGGGCAGCUGGGGAACUGUGUCAUCAAUGGACGCACUAAGGCCAUGGUCGCUUGUUAUCCAGGGAAUGGGGCAGGGUACGUGCGUCAUGUUGAUAACCCGAACGGUGAUGGCCGCUGCAUCACAUGCAUCUACUAUCUUAACAAGAACUGGGAUGUUAAGACACAUGGAGGCCUGUUGCAGAUCUACCCUGAAGGCAAGAACGUGGUGGCCAACAUCGAGCCUCUGUUUGACAGGCUGCUCAUCUUCUGGUCUGAUCGCAGAAACCCACAUGAAGUCAAGCCAUCUUACGCCACUCGGUAUGCCAUCACAGUCUGGUACUUUGAUGCCAAAGAGAGGUCAGAGGCUAAAGAGAAGUACAAACUCGCUACAGGACAGAAGGGCAUUCAGGUGCCUGUCACUCAAAACAGCAGGUCAUAAAAACUGCCCCAAGUGUCCAGAGAGCACUCUCAAAAGUAUUAUGUGCCUUCCUGUACUGCUAAAGGACGCUGUGAUCAUGAAGGGAGGCACAACGAAACCGUCAGCUGCCGCUGCAGCUAAACGCCGCUUUCUCCACCAAGCGUCCAGCUGUUCGAUUCGCACGGCGAGUUGCGCCGUAACGAUUGGGCUGCUGAUCAAACACGUGGCAGAAAUAACAAGAACACAGUGGACUGGCUAGGAAGCCAAUGGUGGGAUCAGAGUCUACGAGAGUGGAGGGGGAAGAAAAUGACUUCAACAUCUCGAAGGCGGCCUACCUAAAGAAAAAAUGACUGACUCUUUUAUUUUGUUGCGGUUCUGCUUCAUCAGUUAUCAGCAAUGUUGUGAUGUAUUAACAUAUCAGUGGAAAAGCCUGCAAGUUGUUGAAAUUUAAGUCCGAAGUUCCUUCAUCCCACCCUCAUGGGACGCUGGCCUCUUGUCUCUCGAUGUGUCAGAGUGGGUGUAUAAGAAUAUACUCGGAUCAGAUAUUUACUUCUGACUCGAGGUUUUCCCCAAACAUUACAGAUUGGCACAUGAAGACAACUCUGCACUGCAGUUUCAUCCUCGAAAAGUGCAUCUCAGUAAAGUAGAAAUAUCAUUGCGGAGUUAAUUCACGCAAUUUGAUUCAGAAAGUGAAGUCCGUUUUACACUGAUUCAUUACACACAGUGAGACAGUAUAUUUCAUAUAUGUAUUUCUGUUCAAUCUGAUGACGGUGGUCAUUAAGCUGUGGAUUGGUACCUCUGGUGGUCUUGGCAGGUGCCAAAUCCUGCAGGAAAAAAGAAAUUUGCAUCUUCAAAAAGCUCUUCAGCAGAAAGAAGCAUGAAGCGUUCUAAAAUCUUUGGGAACACGGCUGCUUGACCUCAAAUGUGGUUGUAAUAAAACACAGUCCUCAUGAUUUCCAAAGUUAUCGCUGACAAUGGACGAAUUUGUGACUCUCCCUGCAUCUUUCAGUUGUAGCAAAUGUCCUGGAUACAUCUGUCUGUAUGCGGUCACUCUUGAAGCUCUGACUCCAGCAACUGUUUUUCCUCAGUUUCCCCCCAAACUCUCAAAAGGGCUUUGGGUCAGAAUCCUUACCAAGCUGCAGUUAUCCCUGUUGCUUUUGGAUUUUCUCCUGACACACUUUUUCCUUACACUCAACUUUACAAUUACAUAGUUGGAUCCAGCAUAUUGACUCUUAAACGGCAUUUGCUGCAGAAUCCUCUCAAGUCCACAAAUCUCCCUGAUGCUUGUGUAACUUCUUCUAAAACAGUUUUUACUUCCACUCAGCUUUCUAAUAAUAUAAUUUGGAAACAGCAUUGUAUGAACAGCCAGCUUCGUCUGCAAUGACCUUAAUGGUUUACCCUUUUUCUAGAGCGUGUCUAUGACUAUAUACACUUUAUUCUACCAAAGUUUUUCUUUCUACUCAACUUUCCAAAAAUAUGCCAGGAAAAAUCAGUCAAUGAAAAUAAUAUUCUUUAUCAAUUAUUAUUCAUUACAUUUCUGGUUUAUGAAUCCUUUAAUAAGUGAUGUUAUAGACUAUUCAAAUGUUCUGAGAAAGUAAUGUUUGGGUUUCCUUCAGUUUUA